AAUCAGGCAGUACGUAGGCGUUCCCAUAAUACGGGAACCUGGUUUGUUCAUACGGUCAUGGCGUCUUCAAGGCUGUUAUUUAAUGUCCUUCGGACAGCAUGGAGAGACAGAGCCUUGCUGUCAUUGACUGGAACUAGCCAUCAAUGUGUCCAGCUCUCCGGGAUUGUACAGAUGAAGUGGAAUGUAUUCUUUCCAAAUAGCACAUUGCAGCAGUGCAGGCAUGGCAGCUUUUUUAACAAACUAACAGCAGUUGAAUUAUGGAAAGGAGUACUUGCAGAAUCUGGAGCCGGAGCAAGAAAGGGCAGAGGCAAACGGAGUAAGAAAAAAGUGAGAAGGGAUCUUAACAGAGGCCAGGUGAUUGGUGAGGGACGUGGUGGAUUCUUAUGGCCUGGUUUAAAUGCACCUGUUGUGAAAGGUGGAACCAUUCAGACAAUUGGCAAACGAGACCAGGAACGACAGCAAGAGGUGCAAGCGGAGAUGAUCCGCCAAAGAGAUGAAUGGGAGAAAAAGAAGAGAACAAAAGUGAAGCGAGAGCGAGGCUGGACUGGUAGUUCUUGGGGUGGAAUCAGUUUAGGACCUCCUGAUCCAAGUCCAUCAGGAGAAACUUAUGAAGAUUUUGAAAGCAGAGUUAUAGAGGUGAAAAGUGUGUUUAAUAUGACUGCAAAGGAAGGAAGGAAAAGGUCAAUUAGUGCUCUUGUAGCUGUUGGAAACAAAAAUGGUGCUGCUGGCUUUGCAGUAGGGAAAGCCCCUGACAGAACAAACGCCCUCAGAAAAGCAAAGAACAGAGCUGUUCACUUCUUGUACUUCAUUGAGAGGUACAACAACCAUACCAUUUAUGAUGAUACCACAUCAACUUUCAAAAGAACAACAAUUAGGAUGAAGAAACAAGACAGAGGUUACGGUCUCCACUGUCACAGAGCCAUCAUUACCAUAUGUAAACUGAUUGGAAUUGAAGACAUGUAUGCAAAAAUUUCUGGAUCCAAAAAUCUGCUCAACGUUACUCGAGCUCUUUUUCUGGGAUUGGCAAAGCAAGAAACUCAUCAGUGUUUGGCAGAUAGGAAAGAGCUGCAUGUGGUAGAAUUUCGAGAGGAGUGCGGCCCACUGCCUAUAGUCAUUGCUUCCCCAAAAGGAGAAGUACGUCAGAAGUCUGAUGAUGAAGACGAAGUGCCCGACACCAAGCUGUACUGGGAUGAAGUCAAGGCUGCACAGGGAAUGAAGCGCUCAGUUUGGGCAAAUGUUAAACGGACAGUAUGGUGAUCACUUGACUCAAAAACAGGAAUGGAGUAUAAUCAUCUUAAAAAAAAAAAAAUACCAGAUAACAGUUUUUUACCUGCCACAUCUGCACAAAGCAUAAGUGAUGUAUUCCCAAGUAAAGUGCAUUUUUGUAAUAUACUUUCUUUUGCAGAUCCAUUACUUUUUUUACCUGCCUGAUCACUGAACUUGAACACUUGUAUUUCUCAUAGUAGAGAUUUCUUUGAUGUUUAUUAUGAACUGCAAUACUUGGAUAUAUGGAUAUAAACGUGCAUUGUACAAGUUGCUUGUAGUUCAGUUUAUUUUAUUUUUCCCUUGAUAACUUAAUCUGUGUGAAAAGCCUCCUGCCCCUUUAGAUAUUCUCAUAGAUGUCUGAAAGAUGUUAAAAUUAGUGUAUUGUAUAUUGUAUCAGCAUUUCUGUGAUUUAUUUGUGCUCAGAGAAUGGAAGACAGCAUUCAUUUGCUACUUUCAAUGCUUCAGUUAUGCAGUGGUCGAUGGGCUUAUGAUUGUAUAUAUAUUUUUUACAUCUUUUUGUCCAUAUCCAGAUAAAAACAUGCAUUUAUGACAUGUAGAUGUUGACUUACAUUGGUCUUACUUAUGAGUCUGCAUCUUUAUCAUUAGUUACACACUAGGUUGAUUUUAGGAUAUUAUUGGCCAUGCCAUCCCUGCUCACAUGAACUAUCCUAAGAAAGGGAUUAACAUUUAUUGGAAAUAUGGCCCAAUGCCAGAAUGUGUCAUGUUAAUUGAAGCUGUGUGCUUAUUAAUUUAACUGAGCAGGUUUUUGCUGAUCACCUCCCUGCGCACAAUCCAGGUGUCAUCUACUAUCCUGCAGUAUGGCUCCACCUUGUCACAUAAAUGAUUUUGCAUACAACUGAAUAGCUGCAGUUUCAUGCACCUAAGAAAGAGGCUGGAGGGGACAUGGAAAAAGGGGAGCAACAUUUGUAUUUGUAUCCAGCUUGUGAAGGCUCUUCCCUUUGGAUACAUACUCUUGUUUGAAUACAUACUCUUGUUUGUCAAGUCCUUACUUUCCAUAUAGUAGUUAUCCUUGCAUAAAAAUGGUAAUGCUCUGUUACAUAGUAAACUGCUGCUGAAUAUUUAGCAUCCCAAAAAGAACAAAAUCAUUAGCAAGAAUUUGCAUAACACUUGACAAGUGGAAUCUAGGGAACACCGUUUCCUUCUUGUAAAUUAACCUGUUAAUAAAAAAUACAUUUCUAGAAACUAUAAAUUACAUAUGUAAUUUAGAUAAAUGUUGCAGUUAGGUUUCCUUUAAAGUAGCAAAAAUAUGAUGGCAUACAUAAAAGUUCGAACAAGACCAUAGGAAAAUUGAAACUGUUCUGUAAAAUUGUCCUGCUUUUUGUUACAUACACUUAGCUAGAAUGCUGAUUGUGUUUUUAAAAUUGAAAUUCACUGUGAGCAAUACCUGUGCACUUUUUUCAUCUGUACCAUACAGCAAAGUGCUGUAAUAAAGGAUUAGCACAAAUA